AUGAAUCAACCAGCCGCCUACACGUCCCUCGAGUCGCUGCUACUAUUCCAGUCGUUGGUGACCCAAGGUGUUGAUCCUGGGGCCUUCGCGCGUAUUUCCGAGCAACUAAACGACAACGCGCUCGUUAAGGAGGGAGCUACUUAUGAUCCCGCACGACUAAAGCCCGAUGCGCUUCAGUAUCUCUUCCUGCGGCUUUUUGGGGAUGAGCUGAGAGGCGAGGCUGAGAAGGAUACAACCGACGACCCGACGGUAUCACCGAAUUCGCGAAAACGAAAGCUUGGAAGUCCCCCAUUGCCGACUCUGAAGGAGGUCUACGAAAAUGCCGACAAGAUACCCCCGCUUAUCGAUCGCCUUUACGCGCGAUAUCGAGAUAAGAUCGUCGCGCAGAUUCGAGAGGACGAACGAAGAUUUGAGACUGUCCAGAAGGAGAUCCAUCUGCUGGAGAGGACCGAACGGGAACGACGUGCUAGAGCCGCGAGUCAAAACGGAAAUCCAGUACUUGCUGCUCGUGACCAAAAGGCAUCACUCACACCAAAUGGGCCAACUCAAUCACCUGCUACGGCAACGAACUCAGCUACUCCUGUGCGAAGAGGACCUACACCACAAACGCCUGUGAUCCCACCUAAGCCUCCAGUUCUUCAGAACACUCAGCCAACGGUUGCUCCACCAAGCCAUUUGCCAGCUGGAACAACACCGACUCAACCUGCUGGCUCGCCAAUUCCACCCAAUGCAAACAGCUCGGUACUACAACCUCCCGCAGGUGUUCCUCAGACCGGGCCACGACCGUUGCAGCCGCCGCAGCCUCCUAAGCAGUCUCUUACUCCUAAGCCAGAGCACGGGGUGAAGCCAAAGGAUGCCCAUGCGGCCCUUCAAAGCGCAACACCAGUCGGGGCCAGUCUUAAGUGGGAGAAACCUUACCAACCACCGCAGACGGCUCAGACGCCUCCACCACGGCAGUUUCAGUCACCUCUGGCUCAAGGACCAAUCGCCCCCCCACCAGCGCAACAGAACCAACAUCAUUUACAGCAGCAGCAACAACAUCCACAACCACACGGACAGCACCCACAGCAGGUACCACCACAACAACAUUGGUACCCCCAGCAGAAUGCUCAAUUUUCUCCCAAACCUGGUGCUCAGCCACUAUCAUCUCAUCCUCAAACGCCUCAACAUGCCCAGGCUCAGACUCGGCCGCAGCCUGUUGCUCCGCAACCCCCUCAACUUCAACCUCAGCAUCAAAACCACCAGCAGCAGCGCCCACAGCCUCCCCAGGUCAAUCAACCACCGCAGUCGCCGGCGCCAGGGCCGUUGGCUCCUCAUACCCCUCAAGCACAACAUGCUACACCAAUACAGCAUAUCCAACAGAAAGCUCAAACUACUACACCAGCACAGCAUGCCCAGGCUCAACAGUCUCAGCAAGCUCAGUCUGUACCUCGCCCUCAGCCUCACUUUCCGCAGCAACAGCAGCAGAAACCCCGACCUACUCCUACAAAGCCAGGCCUGGCACCCCCUCAGCAUGCUGGUCAGCUAGCACCGCCUUUACAACCGGCGCCCCUACGACAAAGUGUAGACUCGCCAGGAGGACAGACGCUUCACGCUCGACCAUCGUCGACAACUCCUGUGCCGCAUCCUCGACCUAUUCAGCCCCCGCAGGGACAAGGACCGCAGGUCCGACAGAUUGCUUCGGCCUCGCCCACUCCUCCUGCAGGAAGCACAGGUCCCAUUGCCCCUCCUCAGCAACGAUGGCCAGCAGGAUAUCAGCCUCAACCACCCCAGCAAGCCGCGACUGCCGGCUUCCCUACAACUAUGGCCUCAAAACCGGACAACAAGGCACAAGCAGCACAAUAUGCUCCACAGCCUUCUCGACCGGGUGUUUUGGGCCAUAUCAUCAGACAGGCUCUGAGUACUCCCGCAAAAAAGCUUGCGACGCCAUCCGCACCUCAUACGCCUAUCUCAGCAACACCAGUGCAUGUUACUCAUGGGUUUGGAACCAAAUGGGCACCACAUUCGACCCCGUCGACUCCUGGGCCUGGGCGAGUCGGUGCGGCACCUCAAAGUCCAGCUUUCGAGCCUGUCAGCCCACCUCAGAAGCCUUCAACUUUGCCUAGUUCUGCUGGUUCAACGCCAAAACCAUCCAAGAAGCAAGCGGCCAAAGCAGCCUCAAAGCUUGAACAAGCGAUCUCCAAAUCAGUUCGAGGGCGGUCAUCCAGGGCUGGACAGAAAGGGCGCGGAGUCAGCUCUACUCCUUCUCUCAGCCGAUCGAGACGCAGUCAAUCCAUCAUGUCUCACACUGACGAGCCAGCGACUCAGACCAGUGAAUCAGCACCCAGAAUUAAGGAUGAGGAUGCUACACCACGACCCACUGAAGACGCCGGCGAUACCACCGCUGAUGAAAGUGUUCAUGGCCGAGCUCGAAUCAUGACGCCUGGCAGUGUCUCUUCACGCCUUCAGAAGCGAAAGCGACAAGAUACGCCGGUUGACCCACCUUCCGAGACCACUCAAGUUCUAUGGACUCGAGGUUUUACCAAGGUUUCGUCUUCUGCUCUAGACCAGAUUUCAAGCCAUCGUGAUGCGAACAUGUUUGCUACCAGACUUCGAGAGAAGGACGCGCCGAAUUAUCGCCAGAUUGUUCUGCAGCCCCAGGAUAUAACAUCUAUCCGGUCUGCUAUCAAGCAUGGAAAUAAAGCGGCCGUCCAAGCUGCCGCAGGUCUCCCAGGAGGUGAUCCUGGUACCGCGCAUGUGUGGCUUCCUAUGUCUGAUGAGCUUGUCCCCCCUAAGGGUAUAAUCAAUAGCGCUCAGCUCGAACGUGAACUUGUACACAUGUUCUGCAACGCUAUCAUGUACAAUGCUGACCCGGACCGUGGCCCUGGACCUGCGUUUAUGAAACGGACUCAAGAAGAGGAAGAAGAAAUAGUAGGCUACCGCCUCGAUGAGAACGGCGUCGUGAAGAACACUCGCAGCAUGUUCGUUGAGGUCGAGAAGCUACUGGGUGACCUGCGAAGCGCAGAAAAGGAGCGCAGUGCACCCCCUCCAUCGGCUAUUCGCCCAGCCAGCGUCGCUACACCCGCUGAGGAAACGGGCGACGACGAAGAUGAGGGAGGUGAGCGUGAGACCGGGACAUCCAAGAGGCGUCGUAUCGGAGCCAGGGGCUGA